GCAGUUUGGCGGUUGUUGUGGCGGAAGAAAGGAAACGCAUUAACUUUAACGUGUGUUUGUUCUUAGGUAGUUUGUAAUAUUCCAGGUUUUUAUUUAUUUUUUACACUUCAAAAACUAUGUCCGAUGAGGAGCUCACGGUUCCAGAAGAGCUGUUUAAAGAUGUUAAAUUCUACGUGGUUGGAGACAUUGAACAAAAGGUAGUUCAGCUCUUGAAGUCUGGGAAAGCCAAAGAAGUGUCCUACAAUGCGCUCGCUACACACAUCAUUGCAGUCGAUGGGGACAGUCCCGAGGUGGGAGAGGCACGUGAGGUCUUUGACCUGCCUGUUGUUAAGCCUUCCUGGGUAAUCUUGUCUGUUCGAUGUGGAGAUCUUCUACCAGUGGCUGGUUUUUCUCCAGAAUCGGGGCAGAUUUUCUACGGCGUCACUGCAUGUUUACCCAGGAUUUCGUCCGAGGACCGCAAUACACUCUGGGCUUUGAUAACCUUUUAUGGAGGGGAUUGCCAGUUGAACCUGAACAAGAAGUGUACUCAUUUAAUUGUACUUGAGCCAACUGGGGAAAAGUAUGAGUGUGCUUUAAAGCACAGCAGUAUUAAAAUAGUGACUCCAGACUGGGUGUUGGACUCCGUUGUUGACAAGUCCAGAAAGGAAGAGGAGACGUACCAUCCACGACUGAAUAUUCUUGAGGAAGAGGAGGAGGAUGAGGAAGAAGAGGAGGAGGAGAGCGAAGAGGAAGAAUAUGACAGGGGCUCGCAGUCCGAUGGCAGCUACAUUGAAAACAGAUCAAGGAAGUACAGCCCAGCCUCAUCUCGUGAGGGGUCGCCUGUGAGCACAGAGGGGUUCUCCCCAAAGCAGCAAAAGAGGAGUGACCGAUUGAAAAGUGAAUUGAUGUUUGAUGAUUCCUCUGAUUCCUCACCAGAGAAACAGGAGAGGAACCUGAACUGGACCCCAGCUGAGGUUCCCCAGGCAGUGGCUGCUAAGCACCGGCUGCCCCAUGGGAAGGACACCGGUCUAAUAAACUUGUGUGCUAAUGUACCACCAGCACCAGGCAGCGUUGUGCCCCAAGACGCACGGAGUAACUUGUGUGCAAAUGUAGCACCAGGCAAUGCUCUGCCCCUGGAGGCACGGAGUAACUUGUGUGCUAAUGUACCACCAGCACCAGGCAAUGCUCUGCCCCUGGAGGCACGGAGUAACUUGGUGCCUUUGGGACAGAGUGCCCAGGGACCAGAGAGGCAGGAAAUUAUGGCUUCUUGGAGCCCAGCUGUACGGACAUUGAGGAACAUUACAAAUAAUGCAGAUAUUCAGCAAACUAGCAGGCCGUCAAAUGUGGCACAUAUCUUACAGACCCUUUCAGCCCCUACAAAAUCUCUGGAACAAGCAGCAAAUCAGACCCAGCAAGGGCAUCCAAAUGCAGUACUGUUUAACCAAGGAAAGCCGCAGCAGCAGCAGCAGCAGCUAGCUCCAGAAGCACAACUGUUGCAGCAACAGCAGCAGCAGCAGCAACCCCAGCAGGUCCAACAGCAGCAGCAAAAUCCUCAACCGCAGCAGCAGCUACAACACCAACAGCAUUCUCUCUUACAUCUCCAACCACAACAGCUUAUGCAGUUGCAUCAACAGCAGCAGCAGCAGCAGCAGCAGCAGCAGCAGCAACAACAAAUUCCCCAGCAAAACUUUCCACCACAACCACCACCACAACAAACUCAUCAGUUCCUCCAUCAGCCACACCAGCAGCAGAUCCACCAACAAAUCCUCACUCAGCAACAUCAGCAGCAACAUCAGUUUGCCCAACAGCAGCAGUUGCGACCUCAGCAGUUGCAUCGACAGCAGUUGCAACAGCAGCAUGUUUUGCAGCAGCAAUUGCAGCAGCUGCAGCAGCAGCAGCACAGAUUACAACUGCAGCAGCAGCAGCAGCAGCAGCACAACCAGCAACAGUUGCAUCCACAGCAUCCGCAAAGUGUACAACAGCAUUUGCAGCAGUUGCAACAGCAGCAGCAGCAGCAACAGCAGCAGCACCUGUUGCAGCAACAAUUACAACAGCAGCAUUUGCAGCAGCUGCAGAAACAACAACUGCAGCAGCAGACUGUGCAGCAGCAGACUGUGCAACAUCUGCAGAGUCAGAAUUCUCAUCAGCAACAGAAUCCACAACUGCAGCAGCAACAGGCACAGCUGCAGCCAGUGCAGCCGCAGCAGCUCUUUGGGCAUGAGCCAGGACUAGACAUUCCAGAGCACAGCUUCUUAGUGGGCUGCAUCUUUUCCAUUGCUGAUUAUCCUGAACAGAUGUCUGACAAACAACUUCUAGCAACCUGGAAAAGGAUUAUUCAAGCACAUGGUGGAACAGUGGACCCUUCUCUCAGUAGCCGAUGCACACACCUUUUAUGUGAAAGCCAAGUCAGCAGUAUGUUUGUUCAGGCUUUGAGAGAGGGGAAGCGCUGUGUGACUGCCCAUUGGCUGAAUACCAUCCUCAAAAAGAAAAAGAUGGUCCCACCUCAUAGAACCUUGCAUUUUCCUUUUGCAUUUCCCCCUGGAGGAAAACCGUGUUCACAGCAUAUCAUUUCUGUGACGGGGUUUGUGGAUACUGAUCGGGAUGACCUCAAGUUAAUGGCUUAUCUGGCAGGGGCAAAAUACACUGGUUAUUUGUGUCGCAGUAAUACAGUGCUCGUCUGCAAAGAACCCAGCGGGUUAAAAUAUGAAAAGGCCAAAGAAUGGAGGAUUCCUUGUGUAAAUGCCCAGUGGUUGUGUGAUAUCCUUCUUGGAAACUUUGAAGCAUUGCGGCAGGUUCAUCACAGUCGUUAUUCAGUAUUCAAUCUUCAGGAUCCUCUGGCUCCCAAUCAGCACCUCGUUUCAAAUCUUUUAGCUGCUUGGCGGAUACCAUUAAAAAUAUCACAAGAACUCCUAAUGAGCUUGCGCCUGAACCCAAAACAGAAACCCAAUGAACACGGCCUCCAACCUCCUGCAAAAAAGCCCAGGGUUGAGGAUUUGCCACUUCCCAGUAAAAAGCUGCCACCAGAAUCAACCCCUGCCAUGCUCUUCACUGGGUUUGAACCAGCACAGGUUCAGCAGUAUGUAAAGAAAUUAUACUUCCUGGGAGGAGAAAUUGCAGAAAGUGCACAGAAGUGUACUCAUCUAAUUGCAAGCAAAGUGACGAGAACUGUGAAGUUCCUGACGGCUGUGUCCAUCGUGAAGCACAUAGUCACCCCGGAAUGGCUAGAAGAAAGUUUUAAAAGCCAGCAGUUUGCUGAUGAGAAAAACUUCAUGCUGAGGGAUGCUGAGGCAGAGGUGCUGUUCUGUUUCAGCUUAGAAGAAUCGCUGAAGAGGGCACAUGCUGCUCCACUGUUUAAGGGGAAAUUUUUUUACAUCACUCCUGGGAUCUGCCCUAGCCUUACAACAAUGAAAGCCAUAGUGGAGUGUGCUGGUGGAAAGCUGUUAACUAAACAGCCAUCCUUCCGCAAGAUCAUGGAGCACAAGCAGAACAAGAGCUUACCUGAAAUUAUCCUGAUCUCUUGUGAAAAUGAUCUUCACUUGUGCAGAGAAUAUUUUGCAAAAAAUAUAGAUGUCCAUAAUGCAGAAUUUAUCCUGACUGGAGUGCUCACACAAACCAUGGAUUAUGAAUCAUAUAAAUUCACGUGAUGCUUCUCUGGUGUCGUGUAGAAGCAGCCAUAAGAAGUAACAAUAAUAAAACAAAAUCCUGCUGCUGAUGCUUUAUAACACAUUCUAAUGAGAGGAAAGAAGAUGGCUAACACUGUUGAUUUUUAAAAUGUUUUCUAUUAUUAUUGUAAUUCAGAAUUGAUUUAAUAUUUAAAGUAGCUGUGGGUAAGCUAUAUUAAAUGAUGAUUGUUAGAAAAAGAAGAGUUUUAUAUUGUACAGUUUGUAUCCUUUGCAGCUGUUUUGUGUGUUCUAUUUUGGAAUAAAAUGUGAUGUUUUUGAUUACAUUUUGUGAAGCUCUAAAUCCUCUUUUAGGCAUGUGCAGCUGCCAGUGUCAAAGCCUCAUAGGAAACCAUUUGAGGUAGACACUUGUUGUGUUAUAUAAAUCAUGAGUGCUAAAUGUGUUGGUGACAUUAAGAGCUUUGACACAUUUCAAAAUGUUUUGUUUUUUUUACCAGUGUGUGUAUAUA